AUGGAGGUGGAGGAGGCGAAGCCGGAGCCCAUGCACCAGGAGGACUCCUGGGUGAUCAUCGACAGCUUCUUCGCGGAGAAGGGCCUGGUCUUCCAGCAGAUCGGAUCGUUCGACCAGUUCGUCAUUUACGAGCUCCAGAGGGUUAUUGAUGCCACCACCCCGAUCCAGAUCAUACCGCAGAACCAGUACAACCCAGAGGAGGCGGUCGACACCAAGAAGAUGUACGAGUGGUCGUUCGGACAGCUCAACUUCAACAAGCCGACCACCGACCAGCCCGAUGGCUCUUCGUUGAUGAUGACUCCUCGAGAGGCGCGCCUGCGAAACUUGUCGUACGCGGCGUCGGUUUUCGUGAAGGUCCACCACUCGGUCUAUCAGUUGAACGAAGACGGCGGGCUGGACGGGCGCGCGGCUGGCUACCCAGACUGCAAGACGUCGCCGAACAAUGAACUCAACAGACAGCUGUGGAGCCAAUCUGUGAGUUGCACAUUCCCGGUUCUCCGCAUGCCCUUCAGGUUGGACAUCGCGGCCCUCGGCCAGUCCGCGUGCGGCUGCACCGUCGAGUCCCAGCCACGGCACCGCAGAGCCGUCCCGAGGCUGGCCACGCCGAGCUCGAAUUCCCAAAGCAAGCAUCCUCUGAAAAUGGAUCCCGUGCGCGUGUAUAGCACGGGAGGCGAGCGAGACCACGAGCCCCUGGUGCGGCAACUGAGCGGCGACCUGGACUCAGAUACGGAGAGCCUGCACAAGUUUUGGCACCGGGCCGGCUGGCUGAUCCUCCUGCUGAUGUUCCAGUCGACCUCCUCCCUGAUCCUGGAGCGCUUCGACCUGCUCAUCCGGUCACACCCCGUCGUCAUCUAUUUUCUCACGAUGCUGGUUGGCGCCGGCGGGAACGCGGGCAGCCAGAGCACCGUGCUGGUCGUGCGGCAGUUGGCGCUGGCCACGGUCGGCAAGCGGAAGGGCGAGACCCCAGACGACAGGUUUUCGCUGCGGCACAUCGUGGCCUCGGAGGUGUCGGUCGGCGCGCGCCUCGCGCUGGUGCUCUUCCUGGGCACGUUCGUGCGGUGCGUGCUGUUUCAGGUCAGGGGCGAGGAGUGCCUCGCGAUCUGCCUGUCCAUGCUCGCCAUCGUCUUCGUGUCCACGGUCGUCGGGGCGGCGCUGCCGCUGCUCUUGAGCAGGCUGCGGCUGGACCCGGCGCACGCCGGGGCCACCAUCCAGGUCAUCAUGGACAUCAGCGGCGUCGCGCUGACUUGCGUGGUGUCGUGCUUGGUCCUCGGCCUGCCGAUCACGGGCGGCCACCAGGGGAUGCCCGGCAACGCCACCGGGACGGCGGCGGGUCCGCACGGAGGAGCCGAGCGCAGGGCGGGUGCCGGCUUCGUCGUCCAGAGUGAGGGCACGAGGCAGGGCCUCAGCCGCUUCGGCGCGGCGGCGGGGCAGUCUUGA